AUGAAGGCUAUCAAGAUCCAAUCCAAGGGCCACGCAGCCAUUGUCGAUGCGGCCAUCCCCAAACUUCGAACAGACUAUGUUCUUGUCAAAACAGUUGCCGUGGCGCUCAACCCCACAGAUUGGAAGCACAUUGAUUACCUCCCAAGUGAGGGCUGUACUUCUGGUUGCGAUUAUGCUGGCAUUGUGGAAGAGGUUGGCCCCAACGUCUCCUCCGGCCUAAGAAAGGGGGAUCGAAUUGCCGGAUUCACUCACGGAGGAAAUUCUUCUCAGCACGAAGACGGCAGUUUUGGUGAGUAUUUGGUGGCAAAAGACGGUAUACAGAUGAAGAUACCGGAUGGUGUAAGCAUUGAAGAGGCGGCAACAUUGGGUGUUGGUAUCACGACCGUCGGCCAAGGGCUGUACCAGAGCCUGGGGUUACCUUUGCCAGAACAACCAAAAGAUCGGUUCUCCGUCUUGAUCUACGGAGGUAGUACAGCUACCGGAGCCCUGGCCAUCCAAUUCGCCAAACUGUCGGGGUUGGAGGUGAUCACGACUUGUUCACCCCACAAUUUUGAGAUGGUAAAGUCUCUUGGUGCAUCUGCCGCUUUUGACUACCGCAGUCCUAGUUGUGGCGCCGACAUCAGGCAACACACAAACAACGGGCUGUAUUAUGCCUUUGAUUGUAUCUCGGAAGGCAAGUCAUCUCAGAUUUGCGCGGAUGCUCUAUCAUCCAACGCCUCAAACAACAAGCCCGCAUACAGCGCUCUCCUGGCAAUUGAAAUGCCUAGGGAAGACAUUGAGCACAAGUAUACCUUGGGUUACACUGUCGUAGGAGAGGCUUUUUUCAAGCGCAAGCAGUUUGAAGCUAGCAAAGAGGACUAUGAAUUUGGAAAGAUGUUCUGGGCAUUGAGCCAAAGAUUGCUGGAGGAGCGCAAGUUCAAGGUUCACCGCCCAGAUGUUAGGGAUGGUGGCUUGUCGGGCGUACUUGAGGGCCUUGAGGAACUACGACAGGGUAAGAUCAGCGGAAAGAAGCUGGUUUAUCGGAUUUGA